AUACAAUUGCGCUCCAUAUGCGUUGAGAUGAAGCUUUCACACUUGCAUUUUCGUCAUGACGCAGCAGAAUAGCGUCCCUUCAUCGUCAAGGCCCCCACGCCCGCGAUCCCCACAUUUUCCACCCCACAAUGCUCCUCGUGUCUGGUUUAUCACAACGGGCACUUCUCCCAUCUCCAUUGCUCUAGCAAGGCAAGCGCUCGAACAUGGCGACUAUGUUGUGGCCGGUGUACUGCCGAUUCCGUUCGAGAAAAGAGAAGGCCAGAGUGACGAUUUCCGGAGCUUCCUAGAAGAUGUAAAGAAGACCGAAAGGUGGAGAGAGAGGCUGAGAGUUGUUGGACUAGACGGGAGGAUUGUGGGCCAGUGCCAAGCUGCCAUAGCAGAAGCUGUUGAAGCUUUUGGAAGGAUUGAUGUACUCCUUGGAAGCACCAGCGAAGCCGUUAUUGGAACGGUCGAAGAGAUGGCUCAAACGUCGCGAACUAUCAGCCUCGUCAAUGAGACCUUUGAGACCAAUUUCUUCGCAAAUGUGAACAUAAUCAAGGCGGUCCUGCCCACCAUGCGGCAGAGGAAGAACGGCCAUGUGAUUAUGUUAACCGGAAUAACCGGGCAUUUGGGUACACCAGGACUAGGCAUGUACUGUUCUUCUCAAUGGGCGAUUGAAGGUUAUUGCGACAGUCUUGCAUACGAGAUCGCACCCUUCAAUGUCAAGAUGUCUAUUGUACAAGCUAACAUGGAGGUCAACGUCUUGACUAACCGCAUGACCUCUGUGCCACCUUUACCCGAGUAUUCGCAAGCUGAAAAUCCUGCACCGUUAGCACGCGAAAUCUUCUCCGGUCUACUCGAUAAACUCGACCAAGUCAACAAUCCAUCCACUUUCGCGGAAGAUAAGUCACCCACAACUAGUUCCUCUACUGCAAGCCCCGACACUUUCAUGCAUGAGCCUUCCAUCGGCGAUCUUCUCAGCUCCGAUACCGUCACAUCGCUAUACCCUCCACUGCCUUCAGUAGUCAAGGCUUCGUUAAUCGCAGAAACUGUUCACGCUCUUACUGCCAUCGGAGGUCACGAUAAUCCACCUGCACGACACAUUGUCGGAUUCGAGGGUGUGACUGCUGUAAAAGAAAAAUUAAAAACAACAAGUGAAGAGUUAGAGGAUUUCAUUGAAGUAAGCAAUGCGGUGGACAUUACCCGAGACGAUGGGCAAACACCAAUGAUGCUGGAUUAG